CCGGCUGAAGCAAGGAGGGGCCAGAAAAGAAGAAGAAGAAGAAACAGAAAAAACUUUCCAUCUCCAACAACGCCUCCCUGCGCCUUGCGCUGCGCGCCCUCUCCGCGAGGAAAGAAGGCUUUCCUGGAUGGCCGAGAGCCGGGAAAAGCUCAGAGGUGGCUGGCUGGCUGGGCACAGCCUCUUCUCUUCCCGCCGACAACGUCUGGAGCAGAAAGUGACCGGGAGAAAGGACUGAUGUGGAUGGAGACGAACAGAGGGCGACGCGUCCUCCUCCAGAAAAAACCGAGGCGAUUUGGCUGUGGAUCCGGCUUGAAGUCUUGAAAAGCGGCUCGCCCCGACCCCGCUGCCGCCCCACGGGGAAGGAAGGGUUGUGGGGGGGGUCUUCAGGAUGGGGGCUGCCCCCAGCGGUCUUCUCCUGGCUGUCAGCUCGCUCUUGGGAGCCCUGCUUUGCAAAGUGGCCAUGGGACGUGUUGCCUUGGACAAUGUCCAGAAAUUUUCAUCUUCAUCAGCGUAUCUACCUGUAAAAUAUCAGAUUUCUGGUACUGAGUCCUCAUUUUUUGUUAGAGAAGCCAACCAUGAAUUUAUGAAAAACUCAAGUUUGCAAUCUCGUAUGGAAACCUUCUUUACAUACAAAACUAAGAAGAGGCCCAUCGUCAGCGUUAGCUAUGGACCAUUCCUGGUGGAACAUGAUGUCCCUCAGGAUCUGCUGUUGACCUCCAAUGCAUUUGGGUCCACCAACAAGUUUACAUUUAACUGGAAGCUGAAAGCUUAUAUCAUGAGUGAAAAAGUCUACUUGACCAGGCCCAAAGUCCAAGUUCUCUUCUACAUUGUGGGGAGAGAUUGGGAUGACUACAGCAUGUCUGAACAGCUACCUUGCAUGCACGCUUUCGCCUUCUGGGAAAGUUUGGGAGUUCGGGGCAGCUGUCGACUGAAGGGAGACCUGGGAUUGUGCGUGGCAAGUCUAGAUCUUCAGCCAACUUGGUUUAACCCACCCACAAUUAUCACUGGCCAUAAGAAAGUGGCUGAUCGGUCUGAUGGGAUCUCAGUAGAGCUUUAUUAUGCAAUCCACCCUGGGGGUGAAAAUGGGGAGUGUACCACUGAAGACCUACGGAAAGGUAAUGCGAUCCGUCCAGGAAAAGAAGGGUCAGGAGAAAAGAUGUCCCACUUACAACACAUUGGGUCUAUCAGUCUCCACCAGGCACCAGAGAGUUCUCAGCUGACUGAAUUGUGGCUGGACAGCAACAUUGUCAUUCAGCUGCCAUUGAAGCCCAUCAAACAGGGAGAAGUUGUCACUGCUUUGGUGACAGUUACCAACAAUAUCACGGUGGACCAAUUUAUCCUCAGGGCAAAAGUGAAAAAAGGGGUGAACAUCCUGAGCACCAAAAUCAGCGACCUACGGCAGUGGGAAGUGAUGCAGGAGGUCAGUAAUGGUGGGAAGCAUUCAACUAUCACUGUGAUGUGUCACCGGAUCAAGGCGAAUGCACGCAGCAGAAGCAAUCAUAACAACAUGUUGAGCGAAGUUGUCAGACUGAAUUUUGAAAUUGCCAGCUUCAGCAGCCUUUCUGGAACCCAGCCAAUAUCCUGGCAAGUGGAGUAUCCUCAGAAGAAAAUAACAGAGAUUGCCCUUUCUGAAAUUUUCAUUUGCCAGAAGGAUCUAGUGGGGAUCGUCCCAUUAGCAAUGGACACGGAUAUCUUGAACACAGCCAUCCUCACUGGGAAGACAGUUGCUGUCCCCGUCAAGGUGAUUUCUGUUGAAGAAAACAACGUGGUGGUGGAUAUCUCUGAAUCGGUGGAAUGCAAGUCUGCUGAAGAAGUAGUUAAAGUGUCUGACCGAUGCGACUACGUUUUUGUCAACGGCAAAGAGAUGAAAGGAAAGGUGAACGCUGUGGUGAACUUCACGUACCAGUAUCUCAGUGCCCCCUUGCGGCUGGCCAUUUGGGUCCCACGCCUGCCUCUUCAGAUUGACGUGUCGGACACGGAGCUGAAUCAGGUCAAAGGCUGGAGAGUCCCCGUUGUUUCCAACCAGAGAUUGACACGGGAGAGUGAUGAUGAAGAUGGAGAUGAGCGGAAAGGAAGAGGUUGCACCCUCCAGUACCAGCACGCCAUGGUGCGAGUCCUCACCCAGUUUGUGGCUGAAGAUGCCAGCCCAUCAGGGCAGCUGUCCUAUUUGCUGGGCUCCGACUGGCAGGUUGACAUAACAGAUUUGGUGACGGACUUCAUGAAGCUUGAGAAACCUCAUGUGGCCCAGUUACAAGGAGGCAAGGUUCUGGUUGGGCAGGAAGUUGGCAUGACAAUGGUCCAGGUCCUUUCUCCACUAUCUGACUCCAUCUUGGCCGAGAAGACUGUGACGGUGUUGGACGACAAAGUGACCAUCACCAAUAUUGGAGUCCAACUAGUAGCUGGGUUAUCCCUUGUUCUUCAACCCAGCACAGCUAGCCGUCAAGCUUUCAUGGCUACCACUAUAGCUCAAGAAUUGCUCCACAUUCACAAACAGGAGGCCAUGGUGAGCUCCUGGAUUCAAUUCAGCGAUGGUGCUGUGACCCCACUGGACAUCUACGAUCCCAGCGAUUUCUCUCUCUCGGCCUCCUCACUUGAUGAAUCGGUUGUUUCGGCCCAUCAGAGCUCUGCUGCCCAGUGGCCAGUGGUGGUAGCAGAAGGAGAAGGGGAAGGCCUACUGGUCAGAGUAGAUAUGAUGAUCUCUGAGUCUUGCCAGAAAUCCAAAAGGAAGAGUAUCCUAGCAGUUGGCAACGGAAGCAUCAAAGUCAAGUUUGGCCAGAACGACGCCAACUCCCACGGCCUUGGGGAUUACAGUGCUGAGGAAAUUGAAAACCAUGCCAGUGACCGGAGGCAGAAGGAGUUUGACCAAGAGCACCAUAGCCAGGAAGGACAAUAUUAUAGGAGUUCUUCUGCUGAACGAGAAGAAGGCCUCAAGAAGAAGACGGGCGGGACAGCCAAGUCGACAAUCAAAAGCAAAGUCUUCAAAAGUAUCCCUGAAGGAGAUAAACUUUCAGAUGAUGGUCUACUCCAGAACAUCCCCAUUGACUUUACCAACUUCCCGGCUCAGAUCGACCUUCCCCAAAGCAAUAGUGGUGUGGAGGACAGUGACCUGGUUCAGACACCGAGAGGUCUCAGUGACCUGGAGACUGGGAUGUAUGCCCUGUUAGGAGUCUUCUGCCUUGCCAUUCUGGUCUUCCUGAUCAACUGUGCCACCUUCACGUUGAAGUACCGUCACAAGCAGCUUCCCAUGGAAGAGCAGACCUCCAUGAACCAUUCUCAUGACUGGGUGUGGCUUGGGAAUGAAAUGGAGCUGCUGGACAACCCAGCAGAUGUCUCGCCUCCACCCGAUGAGUGCAUCACGAACAUAGACCAAGGGAUAGGCUUUGAUGCGGGCCAUCAACUCCUCGUUGGCACGCCCAAAAAGCUCCCGAGUCAAAGCAGUCCAAAAGUUCAAUGGGGGGACAAGCAAAUUAGGGACCUGAAGCAGGAGCACCCAUUGCAUUCGCCCACCUCCAAGAGGAAGCGGGUGAAAUUUACCACAUUCACCACCAUUCCUCCCGAUGAUGGCUCUCCCACCGUCAACUCCAUCCUCAACUGCAGCGAAGAUGACAUUAAAUGGGUUUGCCAAGAUAUGGACCUGGGAGAAUCAAAACAGAUCAGGAACUACCUGGAAAAGCUCAAAGAGAAAGUGUAGCAGCGUCACUUCUGGGUUUUCAGAGCACCUUGAUGCCUUCAGAUGCAUUGGAAUAUGUGAAUACACAAAUAUAUGCAUGAACUGGAGUGGGAAUUGAGUAGAUGGUGUAUAGGAUCAAUUCUGAUAACCUGGCAGAUACGUUCUUCGAUAAAAACCAGCUAGACGGCAGUGUCUAAUCAAGCUGGAUGGAUUGCAGGAAACAAAUCAGAGUUGGACCUGGUUAGUCCUUGGAUAGAACAUCAUCAAGAUGUUCUUGGCCUGUAGGCUCUACUGGGAAGUAAUAACCCAACCAGAAAGAAACAACAACAAAUUAUUUCCAUGUUGUUGCCAACGAUAUUUACACAGAUGUUUUCAUAAAAGUUCAUUCCAUGUUUAUUAUUUGCCAAAUAAUAAACGAUAGAUGAUUUCUCCCAACCCAUCCUCUUCAGAUCAGAUGUUUCCAUGGUCAAGUGGAAGCUCCCAAGGAAUAGUUGGUGCCUAGGUGGGGCAGGAUGUCAUGAAGAAUCAAAAGGUUGGGUUUUCAGAGGUUAUCAAGUGGAAAGUAACCAAAAGUAUUGUUUUUUAGAGAGAGAGACAAAUCAAAGUGGAUAGUGGAGAUAAAAGGCCACCCACCCUUCAGAUCUCUUUGAAAAGUCUUGAGGUCUAAGGAGAGCUUGAGGGAGUCUUCAUGCUUGACUUACCGUCCCUUGAGUUGGAGAGAAUUGGGGAUGACAUCUUGUGCAGCAGAAGGAAACUGGGGUCACUUUUGGAUUUAGCUGCAUUUUUUUUUUGAAGGUUCCCAUGUGGAAAUUCAGUUCUCCUUCUCAUCUCUCUUCCUUUCCUCAACAUAGUCUUUCUGCAAGUCAUUUGGGGGAGAUGAGACUUAUUUUACAGGUAUUCCAAGAGUUUUGGUCCAAACCUAACAUAAGCCACUGAAAGGGUCUUGCCACUUGGAGCAGAAAGCUUUGGCACGGGAAUUCUAGAUGCAGCCAUGAGCUUUGGCUGAUUUUAACCAAUGACAAUGCAUUCAUUCCCCCUUGUGUCCUGUGCGUGAUGUCACAAUGCACAUAGAAAAGGGGUAGGGCACCACAACAUUGCUUUCUUCAGCCUAACCACCAAUGGGUAGACAGAACAGCAAACCCUGAUUGGUUCAGCCUUGUAGCAAAUCAGCACCACUUGGUGUUGAGCGUUGUCUAACCCUGGGGUCCCCAACCCCAGUCCGUGGAUGGUACCAGGCCACAGCACGCCAGCAACCGGUCCGCACAAACAAGCAAAGCCCCAUCUGUGGGAUGCAGGCAGCAGACAAAACCACACAUCCUUCAUCCGCGGGAAAAAAAACUUAACCAGUCCCUGGUGCCCCAAAAGUUGAGGACCUCUGGUCUAACCAACAUCCGUGCCUAUCUCUGAAGGUUUUCUUUUUCCCACUAUCUUGAAAGCGAACCAAUGUUCUUUUUGAGAAGACAGAGCUGAUCUGGAGUCUGGAAGGUCUUCUCUUGGCUUGGAGAACAAUAAGCUUGAAAUUAGUUCAUUCUAAGGCAGUGGUUCUCAACCUGUGGGUCAGGACCCCAUUUGGGGUCUAACGACCAUUUCACAGGGGUCGCCAAACAACGCAGUCCGCCAUUUCCCCCCCCC